AUGAAGACAACCUCAUUACGUAUUUUCGCUCUAUUGUUAUUCGUAUUUUCAACCACAAAUGUUCAUUCUGUGGUUUUACCUCGACAUGCAUCAGUUUUGUGUGCUCGAAAUACAGUAUGUGUAAAUACACCAAGUGGAGCAGAAUACGUUCUUCGAGGGAGAGCUGGUAUGUAUAAAAAUCCUAAUUAUGGAGGCGGUUAA